UCUCUAAUUUACUUCCACUGCGCAUGUAUUCGUUCUGACUUAAAACAUGCCUCUCAAGCUUUCCAUUCUAGUUUACCAGUCUACUUGUCUGAUCAAAUCGAGAGGGUUCAGAAGCGAGUUUUAAGGAUCGUUUUUAGGAAUAGCCCAUGUAGAUAAUCAUCCUGAACUUCAAGGGCUCACCCAAGUAGAAGAAAUACUCAUUGCACGUGCCCUUCCUUUAAUAUCAGUUUUGUAAGGUGGACAAAGAGGAUAUUCAGGUCACUAUAUCAAUUUGCCUCAGCAUGUAGAGGAACUGACAAGUUCUUUGCCAAGAUUGCCUAGAGAGCUGUCAGUUACAGUUGUUAGAGUUAAAAGCAAAGACAACAGUUUAAAAGAUCUAUUAGUUAGAAGGGAAAAGGUAGCAGAUGCAUUGCUGUGGCUUAAAAGCAAUUAUCCCUAUUACAAAGAUGUGAAAAUUGAUCAGUAUUCUUUGAACUGUUUACCUAAGCAUGGUAUUCCACAUGAUGUUAUCUCAGUUGAAAUAGAAAAUGAAGACAAUCAAUGUUCUGAGCCUGAUCUUGGUCCUCAAAAUGAAGAGGACAUUGUUUAUAAUGAAGAAACAGAAGGGAAUAGCCUUCUUCCCAUUCCCCAGUGAGAACAAUAAGAAAUUAAAGCUAUUCAGGAACAAUUAUCUUCAACCCAACACAUGAGGUCAUCUCUUGGCCAAAAGUAGAUACUGACCCAUUAAAUGAGUACAAAACUCCAUUUCUUGCAACAAUGGCUUUCCCAACUUUGUUUCCUGAUGGUAAGGGUGACCCUAAAAACCCAUCUCUUCACCAAGGUGUACCACUUGGAGAAGCAAUUAAACAUCUUUUAAAAUAUGAAGAAAAGAAAGAUGGCAAAUGGAUUUAUCACUUUGCCUGCUACACCCUAGAUUUUCGGGAUCAUGUGUACUAUAGGUGGACUCGGUCGACAUAUCGGGCGACAGUCGACCGAUAUAUCGGUCGACUAUCGGUCGACUAUCGGUCGACAAUCGACCGACUAUCGGUCGAUAGUCGACCGAUAGUCGACCGAUUGUCGACCGAUAGUCGACCGAUGGUCAACCGAUAUAUCGACCGACUGUCGGCCGAUGCAUCGGCCGAUAUGUAGCGAUCAACUGCCGGUGAAGUAUCGGUGAAGUAUCGGUCAAGUAUCGGUCAGGUAUCGGUCAGGUAUCGGUCAAGUAUCGGUCAAGUAUCGGUCAAGUAUCGGUCAAGUAUCGGUCAAGUAUCGGUCAGGUAUCGGUCAGGUAUCGGUCAAGUAGCGGUCAAGUAGCGGUCAAGUAUCGGUCAAGUAUCGGUCAAGUCGGUCAAGUGUCGGUCAAGUGUCGGUCAAGUGUCGGUCAAGUGUCGGUCAAGUGUCGGUCAAGUGUCGGUCAAGUGUCGGUCAAGUGUCGGUCAAGUGUCGGUCAAGUGUCGGUCAAGUAUCGGUCAAGUAUCGGUCAGGUAUCGGUCAGGUAUCGGUCAGGUAUCGGUCAGGUAUCGGUCAGGUAUCGGUCAGGUAUCGGUCAAGUAGCGGUCAAGUAUCGGUCAAGUGUCGGUCAAGUGUCGGUCAAGUGUCGGUCAAGUGUCGGUCAAGUGUCGGUCAAGUAGCGGUCAAGUAUCGGUCAAGUAUCGGUCAAGUAUCGGUCAAGUAUCGGUCAAGUAUCGGCCAAGUAUCGGUCAAGUAUCGGCCAAGUAUAGGUUCACUUACCGACCAUAUCGCUUAGAAGAAAAUAGGCUAAGAAAGAGUGCGAGGUUUUUUCGAUAUAUGUUCCGAUUUGGUAAUGGAAAAAUACAUCGUAAAGUUGGUCGCUCUUGUGUAACUAAUGUUGUGCCUUAACGUAUUUCUAUUAUUCCUAAAACUACCCGGCUUAUGCUUUAUCCCUGAUGUCAUGCUGCCCUUAAUCCAACAUACCUAAAAUGAUUAUUAUUCCUUAGCUCCUAUAGCUCUAACAGGUCCUCAACGUUAUAUUGCUUGUACAACGUUAACGAUAUUAACUGUCCAGUUUAUGUCGGUAAUGGGAUCCACCUAAAUUGUAUCAGCUAAAAUUGCAGUGUGUAACUGCCCAGCUAAACGAAAAGUAAAUGAUCUUUUGAAACUGAACUAGGCGGUUAAACUCAUAAGCAAAUCGAUUUUAUAAAGACUUUUUUUUUGCAGUGCGAGGUCAGCCGUUGUUUGUUUGUUUUUUUUAUUAUUGUUAUUUUACCUAGAAUAGGGCGUCUUUUUGGGGGUUUGGGCCUUAACAACGGUAUCAAUUUUUUUAUCCUUAAAUAGGGAACUCCGCGGUACCCACCUAUCGGAAAUACAGUACUAAUCCGCUUCUAAGAACCUAGAAUUCACGAACCUGUUAGCCUAAAAAUAUCAAUUUAGACCCCCUUUACAUAAGAACCUAUUUAGCCUAAAUUUAAAACAGGUUCCUGUUUUAGAAAAUAAACCUUAAAGAUCUACAGGCAAAGAUAAAAGACAUGACUCUCAAAAGUAGUGAACUUAAACAUGUAUGAAUUAUAAAAAUCUCUAAAUUUGGUAUAAAUAAUGUAUGAAAAACGGUAGUAUGUACAUGUUGGUUUUGAAUCAGAAUUCACAUGAGUACACCCUAUGAGUACAUUUAGAACUGAAAACUCCGAUUCUUAUAAGCGGGUAAAUACUGUAGUUUGACUUACUAAAACGAAAUCAAGUCUGCAAUGAAUAUCUGGUUGUCUUUGCCUCCAGAUACCUCUUGCCAUUUGGAUUAAAAAUUCUCCAAACAUCGCAUAGCUCCAAAUUUUCCAUCGCAUUUUGCACUACCUUUAAAGCGUUCUGAUGUGUUCUGGCGAUGCCAUUUUUUCAGAGAAAAUUGAGAGAGUAAAAACAUCCUAAGCAGCUGGUCUGCUCGGAGACUCACUCUUCUAGGUAAAAUCACGAUAAUAAAAGCUUUGGCAGUAUCCCAAAUUGUACAUGUUUUAACCUCUCUUCCAACGCAUCAGGGUGCACUUAAGGAAAUCGAUACCCUGCUAUAUGACUUUCUCUGGGAAAGCAAAGGGGACAAACUUAAAAGGACACAAAUGAUCAAUGAUUACGAUAAAGGAGGCCUCAAGAUGAUAGAUAUUCAAAGCUUUAAUAAAUUGCUAAACAAAAAGUGGGUAAAUGGAAACUUCUCGUAGACUUCCACCUCCAGAAGUGUAGGGGAAAGUAAUGUUUUUAAAGUGUUACUACGAUCAAACUAUCCAUAUCCAUUUUUAUGAUUUCGUGUAAAAUGUGACUGUCUAAAAUACCUUGCCAAAUUUCAAUCCAUUACGACCAUCAGAAACCUUUUUUUUUUUUUUUUUACUUUUAUUUCCGAGAAGUUGCGGUCGUUAUUUCUUUAUCUCGUUAUAAUUAUAGCCUGGUUGAGAAUUAGAGAAAAUGACGUCAAAUGCUCAAAAUACCUCGCGUAAAAUACCUCGCGUAAAAUAACUCGAGUGUGCUGGACCAUUGCAAUGUUUGAAUUUAUUAUAGGUACAGUAAAAAAAACCUUCUCAAGAACCUAGAUUUUAAGGAAAAAAAUAGAUUAACUGAAAAUCUUAGACUAAAAUUGCCCAUUAAGACCCUUUUUACAUGAGAACCUGUUUUAGCCUACAACUUUGAAACAGGUUCUUUUUUUUUUGAAAAUUCAGUCAAAGCAACAACACAGUUCCAUGUAUUAAUGUUGCGUUUUGUUCUGUUUAUCUUGGAUAGCUUUGUAAACUUGGUAAAUAUAUGCUUGGAUUUUUAACAUAUUAUGUAUACAAUACCAAAAAAAUAGGCCACGCCCUCCAAUGACAAACAACUCAUUUAUUUUGAAAACUAGACUGCGAGCAGAGGGCGCGAUCGACGAGCGGUGAGCGGCCAAGCUGCGAUCUCUUUUCGCUGUGACUGACGCCCCUGCUGCUCGCAGAUCACGGCCUCGCCCCUCAUCGCUCGUCGAUCACGUCCGCUUUUUCCCCGUUCGUUCCAGUAGGAUUUCACAGCAAAAGAGACUGCUCGCAGUCUAUUUGAAAACAAGAACCUGUUAAAGAACCUGAGUAGCCAAAUUUUCCAGUUAAGCACCAUCUUUUAUAAUAACCUUCUUAGCCUUGCUUGGAAAAAAAUUAGGUUCCUAUUAGUGGGUUUUUACCGUAUAUGCUUCUGAGUCUAAAAUUGAAAAAAACCAAAUUUCACCAAUGUUGCACUAAGGUCACAGGAACUGUCCUGUUUCGGGGGAGGGGGGUACUCCCGUAAAUUUUGAAUAAGUGUGUGCCUCGAAGAGUCUUGAACCCUGUCCCACUUUAAGGAUGAAACAAACGAAAAUUGUCCAAACACGAAAUAUGACACCCUAUUCAAGGAAAAACAAUAACCAAACAACGGCUAACCACGUGCGGCAAAACACAAAUCUCGAUAAAAUCGCUUUGUUGACAAUUUUAGCGGAAUUUGCUUUUUGUUUAGCUGGCCAUUUACACACUGCAAUUUUAGCCGAUACAAUUUACAUAUCCUAUCUAAAGAUCACAACGGAAACACAAUGCUAACAGAGGCAAAACGAUAACCGCCAAAACCAUACCCUAUCCCGCGGCACAUACAUGUAUAUGGGAGUACCCCCACCUCUGGGUAUUUAAAGUGGAUAUUGUUCUGCAAUGUCCUCCAUCAACCGUCCAAAACAGCCAUUCGGGUGAAGCUCACCAUGCCAUCUUAUCCACAUGAAUUCCUUAAGGUAUUCUUGUAGGAAGUUAGGAUUUGUGUUCCCUUUUUUAUCUUCUUAAAUUUGUCCUUUGCUGCAGACCGAUUGCUCUCUGCGUGUUGUGUGUGGACACCGUUGAUUGGGUCUACAAAGUUAACCGAGUGAAUAACCGUUUGAUGAUUGAAACCCAAGACCCUUUGCAUUUGCCUGUAUGCCGCCCAUUCAUCAGUAUAAACCAAAGAGCCUGGUUGUACGUGUCUUUGGAUAAUAUUCAAAAGAGUACGCGCAUCUCGCCUUCUCACAAGCUUUAAAUACGGUCGAGUGGGGUCAUACUGUGUGUCAAAAAGCCCAAGAACCCAUCUCUCUCCUCGAGGUCGACGUCCCCUUUUGAACUGUGCUUAAGAAGAGACAAAUUUCAUUAAAACGUGUUGAAUAUAUAGAAAAAAAUUAAGAAAGACUGUUUCCUAGCAGGUGCAGGACAUAAGUGGAUAUUAUAAACUGAAAUACGGUUGAUGUAAUGUUUCGUAUGUAUUUUAGUUGAUAUGUUUUCUGUUGUAAAAAAGACCUGAAUGAAAUACAAUGUAUACGAGGCAUCGAGGUGAAUCUCUUUAUGGGCACAUUUCUUGAUGACACAUUAAUUGUUAACAUUUUCAAGGUAAAAUGCGCACAGUUUUUGCAUUUUGGCUCUAAUCUGGCUACAGGUUUUGCCGAAGAUUUUGGUAAUAAUUCGGAUGGCGCUAUUUUUCUGUUGAAGUCACUACGGUGAGAUCGACUUGCUGGGAUGGAAGAGAGGAGAAUAAAACGUGCUAUAGCCAUUCGCGAGAAGAAGAUAAGGUGCAAAUAAGCUUACAUUUGUUCAAUUGAUCUUCAAAGGAUAGUGACUAAAACAACACACGAGCACUACGAGUAACAUACAAGUACAUACGAGUAAUUACGAGUCAUACGGGCGCACACAGAUACAUAUGAGUAACAUAAAAGUAACAUACGAAUACAUGGAGUAACACACAGAUAACAUAAGGUCAAAUGUGGGUAAUACGCAUGAAAUCUGCUAAGUAAAAUACAAGAAAUUGGACCUUUAACGGAAAUCGUCGAUUUGUUCUUCACUGCUCGGUAUGGAGAGAAAUUAGCAUUUGAGGGUGUGUGUGUCUGCAUGUGUGAUGGGGGUGGGGGGGCUGGGAAGAGACCUUCCUUAAUGCUUCCUGUGAGCCUAUUACUGCAUAAAAUAGCAAUAACAAAACUAAUAAUAAAUUCGAAUACUAUUCAAUCCAGUAGGCUGAACAACAACGCUGAUUUCCUACGGUUACCACCCUCCCGAGGUAAUACCCGGGACAAGAUCGGCCCUUGUGACCCUAGGGUGGAAAAUGUUUGAAGUUUUCAGUUUUUCCCGUGGUUAGGGGGUUGGGCAACUUCAAAUAACUACCCACACAAAGACUCCUGGGGCGAAACGAGAUAUGUAUUAUUUUAUUAUUUUUUAUAAUUAUUUCAUUAUUUCUCAUUUCUUUUAUUUUCAUCGUAUUUCUUAUUAUUAAUUUAUGUUAUUUCUAUUUUAUGCAGCAAUAGGCUCACACGAAGCACACGCAAACACCCCCCUCAAAUGCUAAUUUCUCCCCACACUACCCCGUUUUGUACAUAUGAUAUCAUUUGCACAUUUAUCGCGAUUGACUACCUAAUUUACCCCGACCUGCUCUCGUGCUGGUCUCGUAGCUCAGUCGGUAGAUCUAAUUCGGAGGUCGUGGCUUCAAUCCCCACUUGGUCAAAUUUUCUUUGCCCCGUGAGGACUCCCAAAUUUCCUUUAAAAGGGUAGUAACCUAGGGGGAUUUAUUGUAUCGGCAGUAUUGCCUUCUUACAGCACCCAAACAUUUAUUUUAAAAAAAUUAUAAUUUAUAUUACGGGUGCUUCGCGGUUCACAUUCUAUAUCUAUAUCAUUUGAACCAAUGAAUACACCGAGCAGUAAAAACAAAUCGAAUGUUUCCGAGAAAGGUCCAAUUUCUCGUAUUUUACUUUGUUUUUACAAAUCAAAGGAAAGAAAGUCAAUUACGCUUUCGCUAAAAUGCAUGCGAUCAAAAACCAUUUCCCAUUUGAGUUUUGGAAUGUAAUUUUUUUUUGGAUGACAAACUGCAGUUACCAGUAUACAUCUUGUAUUACGGAGGACAGUAAGGAAAUUAACCAAUGUUUUUUAAAACACUUGCACACAGCCAUUGUUUUGCUCCAUUUUGUCGGACAAAUAUCUCGAAAAAGUGGAUUUACAAAGCUACGGAACCUAAUACGAUCUAUAUUUUCAACCGUCACCACCAUUUAGUACACCAGCGUUGAAGACUAUAUCAUCGGAAAAUGAAAUUUCCUUACUCGCGGUCCAAUGGGAACAAACAGUGUUAGAAUUGUUUUGACGUUUACUAAAAACACACGCUUGAUAUAGAAUGAAAUAGAAAUCAAAACUUUAUGGGUGCGGCUGGAAGUAUUGCGAGUUCACUCUACCGACGUCCCGUUUGCCGUCAUGUCUCAAACUGGAGGUUUUUAACCCUUUAAAUAGUCGAAUUGUGUGCUCUUUAUCGACAGACGGUGACACUUUUUUUUAAAGAAUAAUGACAGCGGCGGCGGAAAAAAAAGUUAAAAUGCCAUUCAUUGUCCAAUGAAAUAAGCUUCCAAAGCACAGAUAAUAAAACCAAAUAUAACCUAACCUUUGAAAAGGGUGUAGUAAGUCUCCAACGCAAUAAACAUCGUGCGUUGUAGAUCUCAUAAUUUUGAUCUACUGUAAGUGAACACAGAUCCUUAAUUCUCACACCACAUCUACAUCUCCGGAAAAGUAACAGGCAAAGUCAAUAGGUUGAAUAUACUUGAAAAACUAGAGAGGGUAAAGGACCGUGCACUUAUGUAUGACAUGUAUUUAUAGCAAAGACCCUUCAUUAAGAAAGAAUGCUCAAUUUGAUUGGUUUACAAAACACAUUAAAGGGUCGUCUCACCCAAGAUAUGUUAAUUACGAUAGACAGAUGUUUUCAAAAGAAGACACCCACCACUACAGCUAAUUCAUUUCAAGUAAAGAACACGUAUCGUAAUUAAAGGGGCACAAAUAUGCUUUGAUACCUAAAGUUAGAUGUACAAAACAUGGUCUAAGGUCUCUUCGUUACUUCGCCGCUGUAAGGACUUGGAAUUCGCUGCCGGAGACGAUACGCGCUAUGGCCGGCACAAGAGAAAUUUAAAACUGGAUUCCAGACACGCAAUUUACAUCUAAAUUAUGAGGUAAUCAUAUUACUUAUUAGAGUUUUAUAUCUUUUAUUGUGGAAUAAACCCUCCCCCCGGGGGGCAAUGAAUUAUCGGCCAAGUAUCAGUGAAGUAUCGGUGAAGUGUCGGUCAAGUAUCGGUGAAGUGUCGGUCAAGUAUCGGUGAAGUGUCGGUCAAGUAUCGGUCAAGUACCGGUGAAGUAUCGGUCAUGUAUCGGUCAAGUAUCGGUCAUGUAUCGGUCAAGUAUCGGUCGUGAAUCGGUCAAGUAUCGGUCAAGUGUCGGUCAAGUAUCGGUCAAGUGUCGGUCAAGUAUCGGUCAAGUGUCGGUCAAGUAUCGGUCAACUGUCGGUCAUGUAGCGGUCAUGUAUCGGUCAUGUAUCGGUCAAGUAUCGGUCAAGUAUCGGUCAUGUAUCGGUCAAGUAUCGGUCAUGUAUCGGUCAAGUAUCGGUCAAGUAUCGGUCAAGUAUCGGUCAAGUAUCGGUCAUGUAUCGGUCGAGUAUCGAUGGUUUAAGACUAUAUCGGUCGACACAUUUAUCGGUCGACUGUCGGCCGAUAUAUCGGCCGACUAUCGACCGAUAGUCGGUCGACAGUCGACCGAUAGUCGGUCGAUUGUCGGCCGAUAGUCGACCGAUAGUCGACCGAUGUAUCGGUCGACUGUCGCCCGAUAUGUCGACCGAGUCCACCUAUAGUACACAUGAUCCGAUUUUCGUACUGGGUUUUGAAUAUGAUUUAGAGAAAGCGCAUUCUGCAGCAAAGGGAAUACUUCUUAAACAGAAUCCAGGUCAAGCAUAUCUUACAAUAGAAGAGCUUCAGCAAAUGGCAGCCAAUAAC